UCUGGCCAAGGCUAUUUAGUUUUUCCAUUUACGGCGCAACAUGGCAGAACGAGAAUCCGAGCAAAGAGUCACAGCAUACAGGCCUAGUGAUGAUGAGGAGAGAGACCCAGAGGAAGACUGUUUGCAGGAUCCAGAUAUGGUCAUCAAACACCCGUUACAAAACUCAUGGGCUAUGUGGUUUUUCAAAAAUGAUAAAGGCAGAGACUGGAAAGACAACCUACGGGUCAUAACCACAUUUGACACAGUUGAAGAUUUUUGGGGUUUGUACAACCAUACACUCCCGGCUAGUAAACUUCCAACUGGAUGUGAUUACAGUGUUUUCAAGGCUGGUAUUCAACCUAUGUGGGAAGAUGUUCAGAAUAAAAAAGGAGGAAGAUGGCUUAUAAAUUUAAACAAAACACAACGACAGACUCAUUUAGAUGACUUUUGGUUAGAAACUCUUCUUUGCUUGAUUGGUGAAGGGUUUGAUGAACAUUCAGAUGAUAUCUGUGGAGCAACUGUCAAUAUUAGAACUAAGGGAGACAAACUGGGUCUUUGGACAAGAGAUGCAUCAAAAACAGAGGCAACCAAGAAAAUUGGACAAAAGUUAAAAGAAUCGCUAAAUGUGCCGUCAAAAAUAGUCAUUGGAUUCCAGGCACACUCAGACACAGCAGGCAAGGCAGGUUCAACUGUGAAGAAUCGAUUUACUGUAUAACACAGGCUAAUUUUUAGUGAAUCAACUAAUUAGCUAAUGAGAGAAAAACUACUGUCUCUUUUUACAUUUGUAAAAAUAUACCAGAUGAUGCAUUAUUUUUCUCUCAUUGGCUCUUAUGCAUCAUUUAUUGAUGACUCAUUGCGACCUAAGCAGUUAGAACAGCCUGUGGUGUGUAUAUUAUGUAAUGUAACAGGCUGAAAUGAGACAUUGUUACAAAUCAUUUAUUUAUUAAAUGCUUGCACAUUUCAUGCUUUUUAAAUCCAUUGAUAUUUUAACAUUUUAAAAUGAGAGGAAUCACUUAAAAAUUUGAUUUUGGAAAGUUUUAUUUUGUAAUCAUUAGUUACUAUUUGUGUUUCUUUAAGUUUCAAGUUCUUCAGUGUGCAUAAUACACUUCCAUCAUUCAGAGUUAUGGACAGUGCAUUAUUCAGUUUGGACAUACAUGUAUAUAACAACUAUGAAUAAUUAUAGUCCUACUUUUUUUUCCUUAUCUGGUAUCAGUUUUUAUUUACUCAGUAGCAUACACACUGGAAGAUAGGUGUUUUUACUGUAUUUACCUAAACAUUGUACAUAACUUUGUUGUCACUGAGGUACACAAGCAGUUUGUAAAUGUGAUCAGUGUGUGUGGUAUGUAUUUACUCAUUGAUAUAAUGCUGACAAUACAUGCUAGUUGAUGAAAAGGGGCAGCUUGCAUGCCUUCCUCUAUUGUCCUAUUAUAAAUUAGAAUGUAAAUACAUGAAGUUUACUGAACCAUUGACAUGUGAUUUUCUUUCAUCUGCUGUUUGAGCUCCCAAUAACCCAUGAUGUUGACCACCUUUAAGUUUAAUCAAGUAAAGUAUAUUUUUGUUUAUUAGGAACAUGGCUAUUACAAUAUGAGAACUUUUGGCAUAUAUUUGUAAUUUUCUUCUUACAAGUUAAAGAUAAUAUAAUAAUCAUUAGCCUUAUGCUUAGUUUUGUCCCUUUCGUUUUAUCUAUUUUCUUGAGCACCAGAUUUAUUUUGAGUUCUUUUUGUUUAGUUUUUGAUUGUGGAAUUUGUACAAAUGUUAUAAAUGCUGUCUGCUGAUUAGAAUGUUAUUAUUAAACAUUAAAAUGAAUUUAUUCACAAUUUC